AUGACUGGGUUGAAGUGUUUUGGCGAAGAAAUUGUUGUUAAGUCUAAGAAAAACAGACUGUUGGAUACAUAUUUUGGGGGUUCCAACAAAAGUUUGAAAAAGGGUGAAUUCGUUGAAUGCUUCGAGGAUCAGAAUUGGGGCGUUGACGAUGAUGCAGACGGAGAUGCUGUAAAGAUUGCAUUACUGUAUUUUAUCCAUACAUACAUCUUAUCCGGUGAGAAAAACAAUGUCGUCAUUCCAAGGCUUCAUUUUGACUUGGUAGAGAGUGGGCGGUACCUAGACUAUACAUGGGGAAAGAAAGCGUUUGAUAAUUUGGUCAGAAGUCUUCACCAUAAGAUGGAUAAGACAAAACAGUAUUAUUGUCUUCGGGGUUUUCCGUUUGCUAUGCAAGCAUGGCUAUACGAGUGCUGCUCCAACAUUUACCCAAAUUUGGCAGACCGUCCUACUUAUAGGAAUAUCGUGCCGACCAUCAGGGAGAUUGAGGAACUUGGAUUGCGUCCAUAUCUCUCCGGUAAAUCUGCAUCGACAAUUCAACAACAGGUGGCGGAUGACUAUGAUGAUUUUAGUUCGACACCACCCCAUGUGUCUAUGGCCAAGAAGACUCAAAAUAAAGGUGUAUCACAAUCUCCCCCUCACAAGAAGCCUAGACAGAUGCCAAUGGUACCAUCGCCAGCGAAGAAGACCACAUCUCCAAUUACACGUUCUGGUAGUCAUCCGAGUGGUGGACGAUUGACCAGACGUCAUGGGUUGGCAUCAACUCAGCAUGCUUCAACAAUGGAAAAGGAACAAUCAGCACCAAUACCCAACCCGUCUGCUGUUCCUGUUAACGUCCCAUCCACCAGCAAAUCUGAUGAUAUCUCUGGUUUAAGGGAGGAACUCAAUGAGUUUAAGAAUAAAGGUGCUGACAGUGCGGCCCCGGUUCAGCCAGCCCACGACUACAUUCCACGGGAUCCCGGAGUACAAAUGCAAACCGACACGGGUCAUGCAGCAUCAACAGAGGGAGUUGGUAUGCAACAGUUUGAUGUGCCUGAUAUUGGAAUGGAUCACGACAACGGGAGUGGGGAAACAUUAAAGGCAUCUACUGAAGAACUUCAAGAAAGUGGUGAUAAUUCUAGAGAAAAAAAAAAAAGAAUCGACGGUAUGAUAAAUCAAAUACAUCUGAUUGUUUCAUAA